CGGUGUAGGCUGUCAUUGUAAAUAAGAAUUUGUUCUUAACUGACUUGCCUAGUUAAAGAAAGGUUAAAUAAAACACGCAACACACAAGCGCGAGAGUCACUCGGGAUCUCAUUAACUACCGGGCUCCGGGCACGCGCUCUGUCUCGUUCAUUGAUCCACGUCUCUUUUAAAAACUCGUUUCUAGCGCGGUAUUCUCACUCAAACACACCCGGUCCCGCUCGAUCCUAUCCCACACUAUGUAGACAGGUUCAGAACGAAGAGAGCGCGUUUCUGGGAAGACGUGGCGUGAACCGGUUUAGUGUUUUUUUUCUCUCUCUCUCGGUUAUGGACUACAUUUGAGAGCGAGUAGAGAGAGGGAGAAAAGAAAGGCUGAACCUGAGAAAACAAAUGUCUAGGCUCCUCUACAACAACAUCAUGGACUCUGCUCUCCUCUCAGUCGUUACGCUGGUCGUUGUUUUCACCUCCUCCUCCUACUCUCUGUCCUCCUCCGACGUCGUUCCCUCUCCUUCCUUCAUUCUACCGUUUACCGACUGUAUCCAGAGCCGCGGGAGAGACGGGUUCUACCAAGGGGCUGUGGACGUGACGGAGUCCGGUGCGGUGUGUAUGAGGUGGAGCGAGGUAGCGGGGUUUGAGGAGCGCUAUCCGGGUAAAGGACUGGGGGAUCAUAACCGCUGUCGGAACCCGGACAACCGGAUCAGACCCUGGUGUUUCUUCAGGAACAGCCGCGGCAGAACCGACUGGGGCUACUGCGACUGUAAACAAGG